UGACUAAACAGGUUGACUCCGUUUACAAUCAUAUCUAAUGCAAAUAAGCAGCAAAUUGUCAUAUUAAAAAGUCUUGAAUUUAAACUCUUGCGUGUAAGUGGGAGUUGUAAGUAUUAUUUAAAUCUUUAAAGGUAGAUGCGUCAGAAAGUCCCUACAUCUCACUUUCAACCAUAAAUACGACUAAAGCUGUUUAUUUCCUCACCCGAUUACACAUUUUCCAUUGUGUUGUACCUUUUAUUUGAAUAGCUGAACAAAUGGAUUCAGAGGUCACGAAACAGGAUGUUUUAUUCGCAUAGCUAAAAUAGUUCUUUACAAUUUAGGCGUGUAAAUCACAAGUCUCUUCACGAUACAAUAUGUCAAUUCUUUGUGAAACUAGAAAAGUCUGCCAAGAUGCAAGUUUGAUUCAAUUUAAUUCAGCGGGCUGGUAUUAAUUUGAGACAAGAUGCUACAUUUAUAUUUAAUCAAAAAUAAUAAAAUGUGAUUUGACUUUGAUUUUUGAUGAAAAUAAAAAAUUAUAUAUAUUUAUGUAUAGAAAUGUCCUAGAGUUGAUAUGAGUUUUUUUAGGAGUAGCCUAUGAGUCAUUGGUCAUUGAAUCAAUACAGAUCGAUGGAUUGUUAGAACCUUAGUAAAACAUCAUUUGGAUGUGACAACUUUGAAAAUGGACACAUACAGGUGAACCAUUUUGAUUUAGGUGUCAACACUGGCUCUCUUCUGGUGAAACCUUAACAUUUAACCCACAACAAACUACAGUUUCCAUUUUACCAAGAAGCUAUUUUGCCUUCUGGGGCGUAAUGAGCAUCACAUGGUCACUCAUGUAUCUAAAGAGAUGUAAUCACAGUCAGACAUGCAGUUGCUUUCCCGUCAUACAUCAUCCCAUAACCAUGUGGAUAACUCCCUGCUCCCAGCUGUCUUUAGAGUUCUGUUUAGAGUUUCCGGUGUCUGCCUCUGAGUCCAGAACAAAUGUUAGCCUGGCUGAUGUUCAGACCUCUUUCAGUGAUGAAGGGUCCGAGGGCUCUGCUCUGUCACAAGUUAUUUUUGGAGGAUAUUGUCAUUUUAGCGUCACCAGUGGACUGUGGUGAUGGCGAGACAGGCAGUAUAUAAACCGCCUGGGAUGCAUUCACUGCCACUGAAGCACACAGACCGUGAUUCAAGGUAAGGACCCAUUUAUUUUUGUAGUAAAAUGUCCUGUUCGUAGUUCAGUUAGGGUACAACUUGGGGCUAAUUCAUGUUUCUUUAUUUUUGUUUUCAUAGAUGUAAUUACAUUAAUUUUAUCGUACAUUGCCUAUUUUUGCAUGAAUUGAAACAAUGGGCAAGUGUGAUAUGGCAGAUUUGUCUGGAGUAGAAUCAUUUCCAGUAGUAUUUGAUGGAGUGUCUUUUGUCUAUCUGAGGUCCCAUUAAAGCCUCUGCUCCCAGAAUAUCACAUUCCAGUCCUGUGAGGUGAUGGGCAGCCUCUGAUAUGAGCAGGAACUGGAGUGUCGGCUGACAAUAGAGUCGAAUUGAGAUGAGAAGCUUUAAAACUGAUGGGGAAAUACAAGUCGUGCUUUGUAAGAGACUUUUAAAUCAUCAGACUGGAAAUUAAGAAAGACACAGGAGGUCAAGACAUCACAAUGAGGUGUGGUUAGGUUUUUAGAAUGUAUGGUAUGGUAAGAUAUGCUAUUUUUGAUUUCAAUUUGAACUCUAAAAGCAUUAUUUUGGCUAAAAUCAUUUUCAACCCACAAUCCUGGUGGUGCAGAUCUCUUUUAUUUUGGAGCUGGAACAAUUACUUUAUAAAAAUGUACUUAAAACAUUAUGAUAAAUCUUCAAAUUGUUUAGAAACAAGUAUGCUCUCACUCUCAAUUCAGCUUCUGAAAUGUAAAAGAAAAUCAGUUUUUCUGCAGUUUCAUAUAAUCAUAAACUGAAUGUCUGAGUUUUUUGUUGGUUGGUCAGACAUAAGGGAUUUGAAGACACUAAGAUAUAUUAUGGGCACACUUCACUUGAUUAAAUUAUUUACACAAAAAACAAGAGUAAUCUUUAAUGACCAUUAUUGGUUGGUCAGGCCCUAUUAGACUAUUUCACAUUUGAGAGAGUCAGUAAUCUUCAAUGAAAUUAGUCAUUAAGUCAUCUAAGCUUGUUUUAUUUUGUUUUUCUAAGAUGCCAAACUUGGGAGGUGGAGCUAAGUGUGCGGCGUGUGAGAAGACAGUGUACCAUGCAGAGGAGGUCCAGUGUAAUGGCCGGAGCUUCCAUAAGACCUGCUUCAUCUGCAUGGGCUGCAGAAAAGGGCUGGACAGCACCACGGUUGCAGCACAUGAGUCUGAGAUUUACUGCAAGUCCUGCUAUGGCAAGAAAUAUGGGCCCAAAGGCUAUGGAUACGGGCAGGGAGCUGGAGCUCUGAGCUCAGACCCUCCUCGAUAUGCCGGCCUGCAGCCUCAAGAGACUAAACCACGACCAGCUUCUUCAAAUUCUAGUGAGAAUAAAUCCUCCCAGAAGUUUGGAUGUUCAGACCGCUGCCCUCGCUGCUCUAAAGCCGUCUACGCAGCAGAGAAGGUGAUGGGAGCAGGGAAGCCCUGGCAUAAAACCUGUUUCCGCUGCGCUCUGUGUGCUAAAAGUCUGGAUUCGACCACAGUGACAGACAAGGAGGGAGAGCUGUACUGUAAAGUUUGUUACGCCAAACACUUCGGCCCUAAAGGAUUUGGACUGGGGAACGCCGCCAUGUUGGAGUAACAGCAGUGAACCAUUCUGGUUUAAGGUUCACAUCACUGUCACACAGCAGCUGUUUCAAUGGAGCCAUACACUGGAUGAUAUUUGUAAUGCAUGAUUGAAGCACCUGGUCAAAUAACAGCUGAGUCGAGGCAUAUUUAAGGUCACUAUUAGAGAUUAACUAAUAAUACUUAUGUUCAUUGUGAGUACACAAUAAAAUGAUUUUGUUACCCUAAAAU